GAAAAAACGAGGACAAACGGCAGCGAGGACGCGCGUGGACAGAAGACACUCAGAGGAAUAACACGCGCCGCAGCUUUUUCUUCUUCCGCUCACAUUUUCACUUUUUUUCCGCGUCGCUUGUUUUGUUUAGUUUUUUUCUUCAUCAGAUGAUCAUCGAUUAUAAUCCCUCACUUUUUCAUCCGCGAGAAACGAGAGGAGGAAGAAGAGGAAGAGGAGUCGGUGUUGACAGGUGCAGCGUUUAUUCCACAGGAACGUGUCUCCUGGAGAAGAUGCAGUAGAGGAAACGUCCUCGCUGCCAACACACACAAACACCCACAGUCGCUCGGCUCCCCCUGACAUGGCCUCCUCCCCUGGACUGGAUUCUGACCCGUUACCGCUGCUCCAGCUCCAGGAGGUGGACUCCAGUAAAGCGUCAGAGAGGCCGAGCUCCCCGCUGCUCCUGCCCUCCGUGUACAGUCCUCCGCUGAGCAUGGACAACCACACCGUCUGCAUCCCGUCUCCGUACACGGACGGAGGCCACGAGUACAACCACGGACACGGACCCCUGACCUUCUACGGCCCGCCCGUGCUGAGCUACGGCCGAGCGCCCGACACCGAGGGUCAGUCGUCUCUGUGCGCUCCCAUCAGCCCCUCGGCCUUCUGGCCCUCACACGGUCACCACGCCAACGUGCCUUCACUGACGCUGCGAUGUCCUCAGCCUCUCAUCUACAACGAGCCCGGAGGACAUCCGGCGUGGCUGGAGACCAAAGCCCACGGCGUCAACCCGAGCAGCUCCAUCAUCAGCUGUAACAAGCUGGUGGGGAGGACACUGGAGGACGGCGUGGACGCAGUGAACUCGUGCUCGUCUGCGGGUUCUAAAGCCGACAUGCACUUCUGCGCCGUGUGCCACGACUACGCCUCAGGCUAUCACUACGGGGUGUGGUCGUGUGAGGGCUGCAAGGCCUUUUUCAAGAGGAGCAUCCAAGGACACAACGACUACAUCUGCCCGGCAACAAACCAAUGCACUAUCGACAAGAACCGUCGUAAAAGCUGUCAGGCCUGUCGUCUACGCAAGUGCUACGAAGUGGGCAUGAUGAAGUGCGGUUUGAGACGCGAGCGCUGCAGCUAUCGAGGACCGCGACACCGCCGCGGUGGACUCCAGUCCCGGGACCCGGCGGGCAGGGAGCUGGUCAGGGCGGGGCCGGGCUCUCGAGCUCAGCGGCAUCUCCACGUGGAAGCUCCGCUCGCCGCGUUCACCUCGCUGCCCCGGCACCACCGCGCCGCCAUGGGUCCGGAGGAGUUCAUCUCCCGCAUCAUGGAGGCGGAGCCUCCCGACAUCUACCUCAUGGAGGAUCUGAAGAAGCCGUUCACCGAGACCAGCAUGAUGAUGUCACUCACCAACCUGGCCGACAAGGAGCUGGUCCUCAUGAUCACCUGGGCCAAGAAGAUUCCCGGUUUUCUAGAGCUCAGUCUCUCUGAUCAGAUCCACCUGCUCAAGUGCUGCUGGCUGGAGAUCCUGAUGCUGGGUCUGAUCUGGAGGUCCGUGGACCAUCCAGGAAAACUCAUCUUCUCUCCUGACUUCAAACUCAACAGGGAGGAGGGCCAGUGUGUGGAGGGGAUCAUGGAGAUCUUCGACAUGCUGCUCGCGGCCACGUCGCGCUUCCGUGAGCUGAAGCUUCAGAGGGAAGAGUACGUGUGUCUGAAGGCCAUGAUUCUCCUCAACUCCAAUCUGGGUUCGAGUUCUCCGCAGACCUCAGAGGAGCUGGAGAGCAGGAGCAAGCUGCUGCGUCUGCUCGACUCUGUGAUCGACUCGCUGGUCUGGGCCAUUUCUAAACUGGGUCUGACGACGCAGCAGCAGACGCUGAGGCUGGGUCACCUGACCAUGCUGCUGUCACACAUCCGCCAUGUCAGUAACAAAGGCAUGGACCAUCUCUGCACCAUGAAGAGGAAGAACGUGGUGCUGGUGUACGACCUCCUGCUGGAGAUGCUGGACGCCAACACGUCCAGCGGCAGCAGCCAGACGUCCUCGUCUCCGGUCUCUGACAUUUACUCCGACCUGCACCACUUCCCUCCUCCGUCUCAGCCCGACUCGGACCAGAACCCCACCACUGAAGACCACGCCGCCGUGCCUCCACGUAAACCAGCGGACGAUCUCCUGCAGGCUCUGCCCUUCCUGUCCACGCCGCCGUCAAACGUCAACGACUACAUGGACCCGGAGCAGUGGUCUCUGGACUCGCGGGACAACAGUCCAUCAGACCGAGUCGUCAUGGAAACCAUGUUGGAGGACUGACGGGGACGGACUGAAACUUUCAAAGCUUUUCAUCGUCCAAAGAUCAAAGAAUAAGAGUUAAAGUGUUUGGAGGUAACGUUGUUGACCUGUCGUUCGAGAUGUUUGGUUGAUUGUGUAUUUAGUGUGUGUUGAUAUUUGUCGUGAAUGUGCACUACAGUCCGUGUCCUCGAGGACGUCGCAGAACCUCUGCCGGGCAAGUUUGUCAUCUUUUUUGAUAUUCUCGUAUUUGUAUCUUUUUUCACGUCGGAGUCUCGUACGACAGGCGCACGUGGUCAAACGGCGGUUCAUCGUCACGGUGUCUUCAAGUGGGACGGAGAUUUUCGCUAACGAUUCCAAACCAAAUAUCAACUUUAAAUCUUUGGCCAAGUAGUUGCACUUUUUGGAAAAUGUCCGUUCCCGACGUUGUUGAAACGGACUUGCGUCGCUA